AUGGCCCCAUACAUCCCCUUCGUUCCGACCGAAGCAUUCGCUAUUGCCACGGAAGAAGAGUGGCGCAAUGCAAUCUUCCAGAACGUGAACGUCUCUGAUGAACAAGCAGCUUUGCUGCAAACAGUUACUGCGAAUGCUGCAGAAUCGACCACUGGACGAGUCAGAGACUGGAUUGGUCGCCUGACCUUAGAAAUAAGCAGGCACUACGACGGAUACCUUCAAAGCCUCCUUCGAGAGGUCGAAUCCCUGCAUAUCACGGUCCAGAAUCAGCAGGCACUAGUUGAUUCCUACAAUGGUCAUUCCUGUCAACCUAAGAUUGGGGAGCCUCCGGCCUUCAAGGGCAGUGAGGAUAAGACCAAGCUUGAGGAAUGGCUGGACCUGAUCAUACUGUGGUGCGAGCAUGAGGGAGUGGCCACUGACAAACAGCGAAUUGUCACGGCCCUCUCGAAGCUGCAAGGACCAGCUCAUCAGUACAUAAAGAGCUACUAUGUGAAAAUGCGGGAAGGAAAGGAUCUGGGCACCUGGAAGGCAUUUGUGGCGGAACUAGCCCAGAUAUACGGGCAACGCGACGACAAGGAGGGUGCAAAGAAGGAGAUCACAGCACUGUUCAUCAAUAAGGAUCUGGCCUCGAAGGACUUUGUGAAGUACACUGAGAGGUUCCGCACCCUCGGAUGUCUCACGGAGUAUGACGAUAGUCUCCUCAUCGACAAACUCCGGGAGGUUAUACCUCGUGACAUGCGGUUGGUGUUGGCCGAAAAGGAUGAGUCCACCUUGCCAAAGGAUUGGACGUUGUUCCUCGACAUCUUGCUCAACAUCAACAAGAUUGUCAACCCAGAGAAGGCACGAGGCUCGGUAUUCAAGAACAGUGGCUCGGAUAAUGGCGGCGCCGUUCCCAUGGACAUCGAUUCGGCUGAAAAGUCGAAAUCGAAGGGUAAAGGCAAAGGCAAGGCAAAGGACGCUGAGGCCGCCUCGACAGAGGCAAAGAAGUAUUGCGUCAUCUGCAAGUCGAAAACUCAUAACACAGAUGAUUGCUACAAGUUGGCUAAAAAUGCGGACAAGCGGCCGAAGACCCAAGGGGAUGGCGCUAAGAAGGCACAAGGAGGAAGUGGUAACCCCGCAGUCAAGAAGGCUAAGAAAACGCGGGUUAUUCAAGUCGAGCUUACGGAUAGCGAGGAUGACACGCCCCCAUCCACGAAAGCCGUGAGCGCCAACACUGCGAGAAUCGAGGAGAUUGCGAACGUCGAGGAAUCGACUCUGGCUGGGAAGGAUGAACCCCAGCUGUCUGCAAAGAUAGAACCCACCGCAGCUACCUCGGAUUUUUGGAAGAAGUACAUGUGA